AUGGCUCCCAACAUGCAACCCCCCGAGAUUUUCGAUGAUGCCACCAGGAGUCCGACUAAGCUGGGUUUUCGAGCCAUGCUGUCCAAAGCCCAUCGGCGAAACCAGUCGGCCGACGAUGCCAUCAACCCCCGAAUCGUUGCCAAAGGCAAAGCUGCUGAAAGCUCAUCCUGGUCCCCGGCUGAUCAGGCUUACCCGACUCUCAACCAACAGCCGUUGGCAGAGCGAGCUCACAAUCGUGAUGCAGCGGAUGGCACGGCAUUCUACCAGAAGUCACCCGUGAAGUCUGAGAAGGGGGGUUUACACAAGAAAACUAAAAGCACGGUUUCUCUAAAGUCCUUGAGGAACUAUAUGGAGCGCAAGGAGAGCAAGACAAGUGAGUCGUUGGAGGACGAAGCAACGGGUUGGAAGCCCAAAAAGGCAAAAUCAGCGAACAGCCUCAGUGCCAUUCUGAAGCGUUCCCAGAGGGGAAGAAAAGCGGAAGGUUCCAAAGAUCUACGUGACAAGGAAAAUCGAAGUCCAUCCGAUCUGAUUGACAACAUGCCGUCUCCCGUCUGGGCCCAGUAUGGGGCUGGGUCCUUUCAUGGUCAAGGUGAAGUCCCGCAAUCCCCAGUGAGGCGCAGGAACUUGCAAGAAGAAGUUUCCCUUUACACACCCAAGGCGUAUAGCCCAGCGCAGCAACGGAACUUCCAUGAUUACCAACAGCCUUCGCUCACCAACCGUCCGAACCCCAAACCCCGUCCCAAGUCCGAUAAUUUUUCAGGUAAUCGAAAGGUGAGGGAGCUUCUCGGGAACAUUCAGACUGUGCCAUCUGAAAAGCCAAUCUUGGUUGAUCAACCGCAGAUCGGGUCCAGUAAAGAUCAUCCAAGACCUCGCAUGUCAAGGUCAGGGUCGCAACCAGAACCAGAGACGAGACCGGAUGCUAGUCCAAAGAAGCCAUCCCGCGUGCAAGCGGCGAUUUCUGCAUUCAAUGCAAAGGAAAAAGAGGCCGAGUUGCAGCGACGCCUAAACGCCAAGGACCUGGAAAGCGAGUUCGAAAAGCUCCUUGACGCACGAAAUAUUCCGCACAAUAUGAGGGAUAAAAUGAGGGCGUUAGACACCAACAUUAAAGCCGACUUUAUCGAAAAGGACCGAGCAGAGAACAACACUCCUCACAGUGCUAAUACUUCUUCCACCAACGAUAGUGCUGGCCGUCGAGGCCGGAAAAGUGACAAGAAGGACGACCGGCAACCCAAUGAUGGGAAAGGAUCGCGUUCGCGGUCUCGAAGUCGCGGGUUCACCUUCUCCAAAGGUAGCUCUUCGCCUGGAAAGAAGCAGCGGCCAGAAAGCGGAAGCUUCUACCGUCGCCCAAAGUCUGCUGAUCUGUCCCAACCUGCAAGUCUAUCGAAGAGCCUCACUCCAUCUACAUCCACAACCUCUCUCUCUGCUACCGCUUGUCAUGACACCGCCGCGGAUCCCUCGGACUUUGUCCACUAUUUGCGGGAAAUACAGAAACCGGAAAUGAUAGAAGUUGGAAAGAUCCACAAGCUUCGGAUCCUGCUGCGCAAUGAGACUGUUAGCUGGGUUGACACAUUCAUUGCCGAUGGAGGGAUGGAUGAAAUUGUCCAGCUGCUCUACCGGAUUAUGAAGGUUGAGUGGAGGGAGGAACACGAGGACACGCUACUUCAUGAAACGCUCUUGUGCCUGAAAGCACUUGGCACGACCUCCGUUGCCCUGAAGCACUUGACCAGAAUCGAAGCUGAGCUCUUUCCAGCUCUGCUGAAGAUGUUGUUCGAUGAGGACAAGAAGGGGCCGAGUGAAUACACGACCCGCAGUAUCAUCAUGAACCUUCUUUUCACUCAACUUUCCACCACAACCUCCGACGACGCGGCAACCGCCUGUGCUACACGGAUCCUGUCGUACUUGCGGGAUCCCACUCCCCCAGAAGAGAGUCAACCCCUCUCUUUUAUCGCCAACAUAUAUCAAUCCCGCCCAUAUCGUGUGUGGUGCAAGGAAGUCAGUAAUGUGACUAAGGAGGUGUUUUGGAUCUUCCUUCAUCAUCUCAAUGUCAUCCCACACGUGAAAUCAGAUGGGAAUUCUUCGGAAUUGAGACAACAAAGCUACCGAGGAAGACACUUUCCGGUACCCCGGCCGCCCGUUCCCGCUGCCCCUUAUGUAGGGGGUGUUGAAUGGGAUGCCACCAACUACCUUGCAGCGCAUUUAGACCUUGUGAACGGUCUCAUUGCGUGCUUGCCGUCGGUGGAAGAGCGCAAUCAGUUACGCUCAGAGCUUCGGGCGUCUGGGUUUGAGAAGGUGAUGGGCGGCAGUCUGAGGACAUGCAAGGAGAAGUUCUACGCCUCCGUUCACGAUUGCUUGCGGACCUGGAUUGCCGCUGCUGUGGAAGACGGAUGGCCUUACACGUUUGUUCGGGAAGGGCCGCCUCGACCUGAGCCGGGGUCGCCAAUCAAGUCACCGACGAAGGCUGGUGGUCCUGGCAGUCCUAAGAAAAGCGCUCUUGAGGAGAAGCCACCCAGGCUAGAGCUUGCGCUUGAUCUGCCUUCCAGCGGCCAAAUUUCUCAAAAGACCGAGGACUUUGGCAAUUGGCUGUGA